GGAAGUCUCCCAAGAUGGAGACCUUGUCUUUCCCCCGAUACAAUGUGGCUGAGAUCGUGGUUCAUAUUCGCAACAAGUUCUUAACGGGAGCCGAUGGUAAAAACCUCUCCAAGAAUGAUCUCUAUCCCAAUCCAAAGCCGGAAGUCUUACACAUGAUUUACAUGAGAGCCUUACAAAUAGUGUAUGGAAUUCGACUGGAGCAUUUUUACAUGAUGCCAGUGAACACGGAAGUCAUGUAUCCACACAUCAUGGAAGGCUUCCUACCAGUGAGCAAUCUGUUCAUUCACCUAGAUUCAUUUCUGCCCAUCUGCCGGGUGAAUGACUUUGAGAUUGCUGAUAUUCUAUAUCCAAAAGCAAAACGGACAAGUCGGUUUUUAAGUGGCAUCAUCAACUUUAUUCACUUCAGAGAAGCGUGCCGUGAGACCUAUAUGGAGUUUCUUUGGCAAUAUAAAUCCUCUGUGGACAAAAUGCAUCAGUUAAACACCGCACACCAGGAGGCCUUACUGAAACUGGAGAGACUUGACUCCGUGCCGGUUGAGGAGCAGGAGGAGUUUAAGCAGCUCACAGACGACAUCCAAGAGCUGCAGCAGUCGCUCAAUCAGGACUUCCGUCAGAAAACGAUAGUGCUGCAGGAGGGGAAUUCCCAAAAGAAGUCAGAUAUUUCAGAGAAAACCAAACGUUUGAAUGAGCUAAAGUUGUCACUAGUUUCUUUGAAAGAAACGCAAGACAGUUUGAAGACAAAGAUUGUGGAUUCUCCAGAGAAACUAAAGAAUUAUAAAGAAAAAAUGAAAGAGACCGUCCAGAGGCUAAAAACAUCCAGGCAAGAAGUGAUGGAGAAAUAUGAAAUCUACAGAGACUCAGUGGACCGCCUGCCCUCCUGCCAGUUGGAGGUGCAAUUGUAUCAAAAGAAAAUACAGGACCUAGCAGAUAACAGGGAAAAAUUAACCAACAUCUUAAAGGAGAGCCUGAAUCUGGAGGACCAAAUUGAGAGUGGUGAGUCCGAACUGAAGAAAUUGAAGACUGAAGAAAAUUCGUUCAAAAGACUGAUGAUUGUGAAAAAGGAAAAACUUGCUACAGCACAAUUCAAAAUAAACCAGAAACAUGAAGAUGUUAAGCAAUACAAGCGCUCCGUAAUUGAGGACUGCAAUAAAGUUCAAGAAAAAAGAGGUGCUGUUUGUGAGCGAGUAACUAUAAUCAAUCAAGAAAUCCAAAAAAUUAAAUCUGCAAUUCAGCAACUAAAAGAUGCCACGGAAAGGGAGACACAGAAGUCUCAGGAAAUAUUUCUGAACUUGAAAACUGCUAUGGAGAAAUACAACGAAGGCAUUGAAAAGGCCACAGAGGAGUGCCAAGAUAGAAUAGAUAAGAAAGCAGCUGAACUGAAGAGCAGGAUGUUCAGAAUGACACCUGACUGACAGCCUUGCUCGGCGUCUCACAAACGACUCGCCGUCGUUUCCGUUUUUGCUUGGGAAGGGAAGAGGAGGUUGAUGCCAGUAGAACUAUGGGAUGUAACAAUGUUGGCUCAGUUUUUAUAUACUCAUAAUGUUAUUUCUUCUGGCAUUUAAUGUAAAUAUUUAUCAAUUUAUAAUUAACACAACUUGUCUGUACUCUAUUGCCUUGUUGUACCUUUGACGUGUGUAUAGAUGUAUUUUUAUGUCUUGUUACUUUGCUGGCAUACAGAGUUGUGGCAUUGUUGAACCCUGACUAUGAUAUAAACCAUGGUGAUUGGGGACUCAUUUGAUUCUCCCUCAAGCAACUCUGGGUAGUGUUUGUCUGUUUGUUUCUUUUGUAUUUCUGCUUUAUAGAUAAACUUUGAAGAUCUUGGAAAAAUUAAAUAACAGCCAAAAUUUGUGUGUUGUAUAUGAUAACAAAGUCUGCAGCGUUCUCACUGUACCGCACUUGCAAAUGCAACUGUGUGAAGAAAA